UAUAUGUAAGUAAGUGGUUUGUUAGACAAGAUGUUGCAUCAAGUACUGGUGGUGGUGGUGGUGCUGCUGUCCAAACCCCUCCCACUCUAUCUCUAACGGAAAACACCUCUUUAUCUAAUCAUCCAUCAAUUCUCUCUCCUCCCUAUAUAUACAUGUAUGUAUUAUAUUUCAUGUGUUCAAUUGUUCGAAAUUAACGAGUUUUGAUUUAUCAAUUCUUACAGUUGAAGUUAUAAGGAAGAAAGCAGGAGAAUUUAAUUCUUGUUGGAGUACUUUGGGGUUUGUUGAACAGUAGUUUUAAUUGAUCCCUUUUUAUUAAUUAACAGAGAGAGAGAGAGAGAGAGAGAGAGAGAGAGAGAGAAUUUGGUUUGUUGCGAUACAGUUGUAGAUCGAUCGUCAUAGUAAAAGAUGUGUAGUAGAGGGCAUUGGAGACCGGCGGAGGAUGAGAAGCUUCGAGAAUUAGUUGAAAGAUAUGGACCUCAUAACUGGAAUUCCAUUGCUCUAAACCUACCUUCUAGAUCAGGGAAGAGUUGCAGGCUGAGAUGGUUCAACCAAUUGGAUCCAAGAAUAAACCGGAGCCCAUUCACAGAGGAGGAAGAAGAGCAGCUCCUCGCCUGUCACAGAAUCCACGGUAACCGAUGGGCUAUAAUAGCAAGGCUAUUCCCCGGCAGGACCGACAAUGCUGUCAAGAAUCACUGGCACGUCAUCAUGUCCCGUAAAUUCCGACAAAAUCAUCAAAACUCCAAGAAUACAACAACACACAAAUUCCCUCAUCACAGAAUAUUAUAUAAUAAUUAUCGACUCCCACAUCGAAUUACAGAUAAACCUGUCCAUCAUCACAAUAUUAAUAUGGAUCAAGGAGAUAGUAGAAAAAAGGAAGUGGAGUUCUACGAUUUUCUCCGAGUGAAUACAGAUUCGAUUAACGGAAGUGAAGUGAUAGACGACGACGGAAUACCUAGGAACGAUAAUAAUGAAGAAGUGGAGCAAGAAUCGGGCCGGGCAGCUCUGCCGCCGUUUAUAGAUUUCUUAUCGGUAAUGGGAAACCACUCUUCAAAUUAGUAAUUAAUUUCUGACUUUGAUUUUUUUACUUGCAUAUGUAUAUGUAUAUGUAUAUGCACUAGCAGAAUGCUUUUGAAUGCAUGAAUACACAUGUAGAAGAUGAACAAGUAUAUAGUAUAUUAAUAGAGAAGUUAAUUAUGUACUCAUAUUGGAUGCAUAUA